AUGUCUGAGUGGAAGUGCCUCACCUGUGUCAGCUUUUUGCUGACCAUUUUCCUUGAACUGACAUACCAGGGACCCCCUGACCCCUCCUCAUCAAGCACAAAGCUGUUGAUGACAAGCUAUUCUAUUCGCUCCACUGUGGUGUCUCGCUAUGCCCACACCUUGGUCACCUCUGUCCUGUUCAAUCCACAUGCUGAGGCCCACGAAGCCAUCUUUGACUUGAAUCUGCCUCACCUCGCCUUUAUCUCCAAUUUUACCAUGACUAUCAACAAUAAAGUCUAUGUUGCAGAAAUCAAAGAGAAGCACCAGGCAAAGAAAAUCUAUGAGGAAGCUCAUGGGCGAGGAGAGACAGCUGCUCACGUAGGCAUCAGGGAUCGAGAAUCAGAGAAAUUCCGAAUUUCUACCAGCCUGGCAGCUGGUACAGAGGUGAUUUUUGCCCUUGCCUAUGAGGAGCUACUACGGCGACACCAGGGCCAGUACCAGUUGGUGGUGAGCCUGAGGCCUGGUCAAUUGGUGAGGAGACUGAGUGUAGAGGUCACGGUGUCAGAAAGGACAGGGAUUGCCUAUGUGCAUGUACCGCCACUGAGGACCAGCCGCCUGCACACUAACGACCGCACAAGUAUGUGAGGCUGACCCGCCCCAUCCACCAGGAUCGAGAGGGGAGAGACCUGUGCCCGAAUCACCUUCUCCCCAACACUGCAAGACCAGUCCUCCUCCUCCAGCUCAGGCAUCAUGGCCGACUUCAGGGUCCAGUACGAUGUGGUCAUGGAGGACAUCAUCGGAGAUGUGCAGAUUUAUGGUGGCUAUUUUGUUCAUUACUUUGCCCCCAGAGGCCUCCAGCCUGUGGAGAAGAAUGUGGUGUUUGUUAUUGAUGUGAGCGGCUCCAUGUUUGGUACCAAGAUGAAGCAGACUAAGAACGCCAUGAAUGUGAUCCUUGGUGACCUGCGAGCCGACGACUCCUUCAACAUCAUCUCCUUUUCUGACACAGUUAGUGUUUGGAAAGCUGGAGGCUCCGUCCAGGCCACUAUCCAGAACAUCCACAGUGCCAAGGACUACCUGAACCGCCUGGAAGCUGAUGGUUGGACCGACAUCAAUGCAGCUCUGUUGGCAGCUGCUUCAGUGCUGAACCACAGCCACCAAGAGACUGGGAAUGGCCCUGGUGUGGGGCGGAUCCCUCUUAUCAUGUUCCUGACAGAUGGGGAACCCACAGCUGGUGUGACAACCCCAAGUGUGAUCCUCUCCAAUGUCCGGCAAGCGCUGGGCUACAGGGUAGCCCUUUUCAGCUUGGCCUUUGGGGAUGAUGCUGACUUCCCACUGUUGCGUCGCCUGUCCCUGGAGAACCGGGGAGCAGCCCACCGCAUAUACGAAGACUCUGAUUCGGCUCUGCAGUUAGAGGGCCUCUAUGAGGAGAUUUCCAUGCCUCUGCUGGCAAAUGUGCGCCUGGACUACCGGGGUGGCUUGGUGGGAGCCUCCCCUUGGACACUUUUCCCCAACUACUUUGGUGGCUCAGAGCUAGUGGUGGCUGGUCAGGUGCAGCCAGGUAAACAGGAGCUGGGCAUCCACCUGGCAGCCGAUGGGCCCAAGGGUCAGCUUCUCUUGGCUCACCACAGUGAAGAAGCUACAAACAACAGCCAAAAGGCCUUUGGCUGCCCUGGGGAACCUGCCCUCAAUGUGGCCCACUUCAUCCGCCGCCUCUGGGCCUAUGUUACCAUUGGACAGUUGCUGGAGGAACGCUUCCAAGCCCGUGACACCACCACUCGCCAUCUGCUGGCUGCCAGAGUUCUCAACCUAUCCCUUGAAUACAACUUUGUCACACCUCUGACCUCACUGGUCAUGGUACACCUCAAGAAGUCCAGUGAGGAAUCCAUGAAACAGCCAUCCAUCACAGAUGGGCUAGGUACAUUUACAGCCUCAUCCAGCAGCAAUCAUGGCCUAGGAGUAGGCACAGCUAAGCCAGCUUUGGUGUCCAAUAUCUCCCCAAAAUCAAGGCCUGUGAAACCAACCUCACCUACUACUGUCUCUGCAAAGAAGAUGCUCAGUUCCAAGAAGCUGGAACAACUGGGUCAGAGUUUUAGUACCACAUCAACCUCAUCGCCCCCAAAGCCCAAAAGUCCAGCACAAGAAGAUUCUGGUACUUUGACACAGCCAACCCUCAAGAUGAAACCUGUUGCCCUUGUGCCUUCAAAUUCUAAUGCUCUAUUGCCAGUGAAACCCAGUUCUCCAUCACACGAGAAUCCUGUUAUUAUAUCACCCAUGAAUUCUAAUACACAAGUCUUGCAUCUGAAUCCAGGCAUCCUAGCUGAGCCCAAAGCUGGCACUAUGAAACAUUUUGCUCCCCAGAAUUCCAAACCUGGUGCUCCAUCUCAAGAACCAGAUGUCCCAUUACAUCCCCAACCUGGGGUACCAGCCUCUAACACCUUGCCACAGAACAGGCCCAUCUCUACAUUUCAGAUCCCCAAACACACACCACACACCAGACCUAAGGUUCCCUCUCUCAAGAUGCCCAAAAAUCCACCACAGCAUAGACCUAAGAUCCUCUUGCCCAAGUCCUCUAAAAUCCUUCCACCUCUUAAAUCUAGUGUCCCACCUCACCAAAUUUCCACAAGCUUAUCCAGGCUUUCCAAGCCUGGAACCCCAAGCCCCCAUACACCCCAAACCCCACUACUUCCUAGACCUGCCAGACCCAGGCCUCCACCUCCUCAGAGCCAUAGCACAGUCCCAAACACAGUCUCAAGUCCCACAGUUCCCAGCAGUAGCGUGACCACCUCUGUCCUUGGAGAACCCCUCCCCUCUCCCUUUACUCCCACUCUGCCAUCUCUGCUGCCUACUGGAAGGCUCUGGCAUCAUCAAGACCUGCUGCUAGGACCCCAGAGCACCAGGCAAGUACUGGGACCAUCAGUGUCAGGAGUCCCAACAAUAAGCCUACUCAACAGCUCCAGCCCUGUACCAGAAGGCAACUCCCCAAACCUGUCAAUCUUGCUACCUUCCAGCACCCUCCCCGAGGCCAUCAGCCUGCUCCUUCUCCCAGAGGAGCUAGAGCUUCUGUCUGAGUCAAUGGUAGAGUCCAGGUUCAUGGAGUCCUUGAACCCACCAGCUUUCUAUACUUUCUUCACUCCCAACAAAGAUGGAAAUCCACGUGGAGAUGGUGAUUCCGAGGAGAACUUGGGAGGAGCUGGAGGCCGCAUGAAAUCUCAGGGAAGCUCUCUGGAGCUAGCAAAAGACACAUCGCCAAGCAUCUUCACCUUCUCAUCCUCUGUGGAUGGGGACCCCCACUUUGUGAUCCACCUCCCACACUCAGAAGAGAAGAUCUGCUUCACACUGGAUGGGCGCCCAGGGGACCUGCUGCAGCUCAUAGAGGACCACAAGACAGGGCUGCAUGUGAGUGGGCAGCUACUUGGGGCACCACCAAGACUAGGCCACAAGGACCAGACCCGUACAUACUUCCAGAUCAUCACAGUCACUGCAGACAAACCCCGGGACUACACUAUCACCGUCAGCCGCAGUUCCAUAUCUGUGCGAGGCGAGGGUACCUUGCGCCUAUCCUGGGACCAACCUGCCCUGGUGAAGAAGCCCCAGCUGGAGCUCCAUGUUGCUUCUGCAUCCCGCCUCACCCUCCGCCUUGGGCCUUUCCUUGAAUUCCUCAUUCUCCGGCACCGCUACAGAAACCCCAGCACCCUACAACGACCCCACCUGGGAUUCUAUGUGGUCAAUGGCUCAGGCCUCAGCUCCUUGACCCGUGGCCUGAUGGGGCAAUUCCAGCACACAGACAUCCGGCUGGUGAUAGGACCUUCCGGGCCUUGCCUGCAGAGGCACCACAGCCCAGAUGUGCCUGUGAUUCUAGGCAAGAGACUGAUGAAGGACUCACCAAGGUUGCUGCCCCGCUGGACUUCUUGCUGGCUGGUGAAGCGCUCUCAUGUAGAACAGUUGCUGGGCCAGCCCUACUCUGCCUAUGUCCUGAACUCUACAGCUAGGAGACAUGAAAUUGGGAAUUCCAGAGGCUUGGGCAUAGAGUGAGCUAUGGGCAAAAACCUGGGGACAUGGAGGCACACAUAGGGACACACGCUCACACAUCUAUUGAAAGACACAUACCUCAGAAUACAUAAGCAGGCAUACAUGCAGACAUGUGGACUUAGAGGUUUAGGGACUCUAGUCUCCUCACAGUAUUUCCUGUCUCCAGCCUCUACACUCUCCAAAUACAUAAUCCACACUAGCCCUGGAAGUGACUUUCUUAAAACAAAAAACUGACUGAAUCACUAGGCCAGCUCGCAACUUUCCCUGGUUCUUAUGGUAUGUUUAAAACUCUCAGAGUUUUUCUCUCCCACUGCUGGACCUUUGCAUGUGUCCUUUUUUCCCUUUGCAUGGGACACUCUUCCAUCGUUCAAAUCUUAAUUGUCACCUCCUCUAGCAGGCCUUCCCUGGACCCUUACCUCAAUA